CGCGGCUUCUUGGGCCGAUCUUCAGCUGGCACAGUUACAGGCCGCGCAGCAGCAAAGGAUGAAUGGAGCUCUGGGAAAGGUUCAGAACCUCAGGAGAGAAUCCCAUCUGUUCUGCAGGUGGCAUUCUGCUGAGCACCAGUCGGCACUACAGGUCACAGCCCACGCAUGGCAUUGGAAGAUACAAGCACCUAGUUAAAGCACAAGAGCCCAGGAAGAAGAGGGGAAAAGUGGAAGUGAGACCCAUUAAUUUGGGGACAGAUUAUGAAUAUGGGGUUUUAAACAUUCACCUGACUGCAUAUGAUAUGGCCCUGGCAGAGAGUUAUGCCCAGUAUGUUCACAACCUCUGCAACCAUCUCUCCAUUAAAGUCGAGGAAAGUUAUGCGAUGCCCACCAAAACCGUGGAGGUGUUGCAGUUGCAGGACCAAAGCAGGAAAAUGCUCCUGGACUCAGUUCUUACCACCCAUGAGCGAGUGGUUCAGAUCAGCGGUUUGAGUGCUACAUUUGCAGAGAUUUUCUUGGAAAUAAUCCAAAGCAAUCUUCCUGAAGGAGUCAAACUGUCAGUGAAGGAGCACACUGAAGAAGACUUCAAAGGAAGGUUCAAAGCUCGGCCAGAACUGGAAGAACUGCUAGCCAAGUUGAACUAGCUCACUGUAGACCCUUUCAUGCCAGCACUGGUGAUACUGAGUGGCAAUGGAAAGAGCUUCCUGGGUGGCCAAAGUUAAGAAGGAGACCCUGACCCUCAAUAUCAUAAGUACCCAUCUCCACAGCCAGGAGUGCCUCCUCUCCUCUGUGAAGGAGUGCUUGCCGAUUGUCACCACUUUCCUUUGAGCCAACCCUAGGUAUCUUCCAUCUAAUAAAAAUCUGCUAAUGAUGGAUGUGUGUGUAUGUGAGAAGUCAGUCCAUCCUGUCGAGUAUAUUUAACUAAGGGAUUCAAUUUCUCUUUGCCUGGUGCUUUAGCACAUAAGCAUGUCCCCCUUCAGUAUUUCUCCAAUUAGAGUGAACUCAUCCUUUAAAUCAACCUGGCAUGGAGUCCCUUUAGUGAAGCAGACAAUCAUAAGUAAACUCUCUGUGGAUAGGAGACAUAGGGAGGGAGAUUUUGUAUAUGAAAAAACCCUCCAGAUAGGAUCAGGGUCUGUCCAUAAGUGAAAAAAAAGUACUUUGUGGAGUAGUGAGUGACCUGUCAUAAGUAUGCAGGUAGAUCUUACAUAACUGCAAAUUAGGGUUGCCUGGAAGGAGUUUAAGCAAAGAAUUAAAGGUUGAUCUUGGUCACGUGUCAGAAAACUACUACUUGUGAGCCAAAUCCCAACAACUGCCUAUUUGCAUUUUUUUUUUUUUUUUUGCGGUACGCGGGCCUCUCACUUUUGUGGCCUCUCCCGUUGCGGAGCACGGGAUCCGGAUGC